AUGUUAUUUACGUGGCUAUGUUUAAUAUUGAUGUCAUACAGUUUGUGCCAAGUAAAUUGUAAUGGCACUAAACCGGUGGAAGUAAAAAAAUCAAGGUCAUUAAUGGUGAAUGCAAGGCGCUUCUGGAACUUCGCGAAGAAGUGCCCAGGCCAUUUGAGAAGAUUUGCGGUUUGGAUUUGGAAACACAUAAGAUAUGGUAUUCAAUGUCAAACUAUUGAAAAUAAAAUUAGAUGUGGAACUAAGGGAGCUAAAAAGGAUAUUACUGAAAAACAAUGGAAAAAAAUACCGCAAGCUCUACGGAACCUUUUGCUUAAGAAAACUCCAGUUUCUACAACUUAA